AUGGCCACCACGAACGAGUUCCCCGCAAGCGACGUUAACAGCUAUGACUAUGUCAUCGUGGGAGGUGGCACGGCAGGCUGUGUCAUUGCCAGUCGAUUGGCUGAGUACUUGCCCAACAAACGUAUUCUGAUCAUUGAGGGCGGUCCCAGUGACUUCAAUGAUGAUCGCGUCCUCAACCUGCGGGAAUGGUUGAGCUUGCUAGGAGGCGAGUUGGAUUACGAUUAUCCUACUACCGAACAGCCAAUGGGUAACAGCCAUAUCCGUCAUUCUCGUGCCAAGGUCUUGGGUGGUUGCUCGAGCCACAACACCCUCAUCUCUUUCCGCCCCUUCGAAUAUGAUUGCAGGAGGUGGGAGCAGCAAGGUUGCAAGGGCUGGUCCUUUGAGACGUUUACCCGCGUUCUGGACAACUUGCGCAACACAAUUCAGCCUGUCCACAGCCGCCACCGCAACCAGCUCUGCAAGGACUGGGUUCAGUCUUGCUCUACUGCCAUGAAUAUCCCAAUUAUUCCCGAUUUCAACAAGCAGAUCCGCUCAAACGGUGAAUUGACCGAGGGUGUCGGUUUCUUCUCCGUCUCCUAUAACCCGGAUGAUGGUCGUCGCAGCAGCGCCAGCGUGGCUUAUAUUCAUCCUAUCCUGCGUGGCGAGGAGAAGCGCCCCAACUUGACCAUCCUCACGAACGCCUGGGUGUCCCGCGUUAAUGUUAGCGGAGACACCGUUACUGGAGUCGAUGUGACCCUUCAGUCUGGCGUCAAGCAUACCCUGCACUCUAAGAAGGAAACUAUUCUUUGCGCGGGUGCGGUGGACACUCCGAGGCUGAUGCUGCUUUCUGGAUUGGGUCCUCAGGGACAACUCCAGUCAUUGGGAAUCCCAGUUGUAAAGGACAUCCCUGGCGUGGGUGAGAACCUUGUGGACCAUCCGGAGAGCAUCAUCCUCUGGGAGCUCAACCAACCCGUUCCCCCCAAUCAGACGACCAUGGACUCGGACGCCGGCAUCUUCCUGCGCCGGGAACUUCCCAAUGCUGCCGGCUCUGAUGGCCGCGCUGCAGAUCUCAUGAUGCACUGCUACCAGAUUCCCUUCUGUCUCAACACAAGCCGUUUGGGAUAUGACAGCCCGGUGAAUGCCUUCUGCAUGACUCCUAACAUCCCUCGCCCCCGGUCUCGUGGCCGUAUCUAUUUGACUUCUGCCGACCCUAGCGUGAAGCCCGCCUUGGACUUCCGUUAUUUCACAGAUCCUGAGGGUUAUGAUGCCGCCACCAUCGUUGCUGGUUUCAAGGCGGCCCGUGAGAUUGCCAAGCAGUCGCCGUUCAAGGACUGGAUCAAACGGGAGGUUGCUCCGGGCCCCAGCAUCCAAACUGACGAGGAGCUGUCGGAGUAUGGCCGUCGCGUCGCUCACACCGUCUACCAUCCCGCUGGUACGACCAAGAUGGGUGAUGUUACCCGCGAUCCACUGGCUGUUGUGGAUCCUCAGCUGAAGGUCCGUGGCUUGAAGAAUGUCCGCAUUGCGGACGCUGGUGUCUUCCCUGAAAUGCCCAGCAUCAACCCUAUGUUGACUGUCUUGGCUAUUGGAGAGAGAGCUGCUGAGUUGAUUGCCGAAGAGGCUGGAUGGAAGCGUGAGCAGCCUCGUCUGUAA